ACAUCGAGAGUAUGCUGGAAUGUCUCACUCUUACAGCCGGAGAACAAAGGAUGAACUCAUCGCUGACACAGAACUGUCAACGAAACGUCAGAUUGGCCAAGACAGUAUACAGAGAAAAGUUUUUUACACACACAAAAAUAUUUUCCACACGCUCCAACUGAACGCGAAAAAGUGUUUUCAAAUGUUUCAUUUGAAUAAUUGAGAGCCGAACGUUUUGCAAAUUGAAAAUCGUGUUGAAAAGUGAAGAAUUAUGCAUGUGAAAGGCCUCGGCAGGUGGCCAGAGCCUAGCUAACGGGUUGCAGUAGAAGAAAAAAAAUAAAAAGCUAAUUUUAGCCUAAAUUAUAUAUGUCGCGUUCGAUCAUUAGACGACGACAACAGCAGCAGCAAGACCAGCAGCAGCAGCCAAAAGUUCAUUUAAUUAGGAACUAUGGCCUGGUCCUAUGGAAGGACCUGGUGGCAUCUCUGCCUGAGCCUUCUACUCUGUGUGUUCAUCUGUCAGGCUCCGGGUGUCAAUUUGCUGCCUGGCGAGAAAAUCAACUACAAUCUCGUUCAUUCUUGGGCAGACAAAUUGGGCAUGGAAUUGUUUCAUCUGGGUGAUUUUAUCACACGUCGCAAGGAGGUGCAAGAGAGUUUCAAAGAAGCCAAGGUAGUCUCACGAAAUGGAGCCUCCAUAGUCGAUUCAAUGGCCAAAGAAAUUGAAAUGAUGAUGGAUCUGAAAGUGAGCGCAGUGCGUCGCAUUAUGGACACGGCAGAGAAUACAGCUUUGUCGCAUCAAAACGAUAUGGCCGACAAAAUGUUCUCGUAUUAUAAUGCAAAAGAAAUGUUGGAGCCUAAUGAUCCGAUACCACCAAUACCCACUCCGGCACCCGAUAUGGAUAAGGAUAUUGGUGAACCAUUGAUCUAUGUACAACCGAAAGUUUUGGAGCUAACACCAAGACCGGAAUUCCAUAAUACGGCGGUUAACUUCAGUGUCAGUUCGGUGCAUGUGCCGGUGAAUGUGUUCGAUCGAGCAUCGGAUGUUAUAAAAGCUAUUCAAUGGUCGGAGAAUUUGGAUCAAAUAUUUCGUGAUAAUUACAAAAACGAUCCAACAUUAUCGUGGCAAUUUUUUGGCAGUUCUACUGGCUUUAUGCGUCAAUUCCCUGCAUCGAAAUGGAAAAAGGACGUACCGGUUGAUCUAUAUGAUUGCCGUUUACGCUCUUGGUACAUGGAGGCGGCGACAAGUCCAAAGGAUAUUGUUAUCCUAAUGGAUGGAUCUGGUUCAAUGUUGGGACAGAGGCUAGAUAUCGCAAAGCAUGUUGUCAAUACGAUACUCGAUACAUUAGGUACAAAUGACUUUGUGAACAUCUUCACCUUUGAUAAGGAAGUAAACUCAGUUGUUGGAUGUUUCGAGGAUACACUGAUUCAAGCCAAUCUGGGCAACAUACGUGAACUGAAAGAAGGGAUUGAAUCGUUUAAACCCAAAUUAAUUGCCAAUUAUACCGCUGCAUUGACAAGAGCAUUCGAGAUAUUGGAAGAGACAAAGUCAUCGUCACGCGGCGCACAAUGUAAUCAGGCGAUUAUGAUCAUUGGUGAUGGGGCGCCCGAGAAUAAUCGGGCUGUCUUCGAAUUGCAUAAUUGGCGGGAUCCGCCAUAUAAGCCGGUUCGUGUUUUCACCUAUCUAAUUGGCAAAGAGGUGGCAAAUUGGGAUGAUAUACGGUGGAUGGCAUGCGAAAAUCAGGGCUAUUAUGUACAUCUUAGUGAUACGGCUGAGGUGCGUGAGAUGGUAUUGAAUUAUAUACCGGUUAUGGCUAGACCCUUGGUAUUGGGUAGGCAUGAUCAUCCGGUUAUAUGGACGCAGGUUUAUGCGGAUAUUGAGGAUACCAAGCUCUCUGACUAUUUGUGGGAUAUCAAACAAUGUGAAGAGCAGAAGGCCGAUGUAUUGGAAUAUUGGCAGGUUCAGGAUCGUAUGCUCCAUCCCAAAGAGAUGGCCAGACGUGCCUAUCGAAGGACCAAGGAGUCUUGGAACCAGCCUGUUGAUUCAAAUGUCUAUCAAUUCAUGACCACCGUAUCGAUGCCCAUUUACGAUCGACGUGAGAAUGCGAAUAUCACCGAAGAAGUUUUAAUAAAUGAAGCACUCUGGGAAUUGCAAACACGUGAGACAAGAAUUGCCAAUAUAUUGGGCGUGGCUGGUACCGAUGUGCCCAUUAAUGAGAUUAAAAAAUUGCUAUCGCCAUUUAUGCUUGGCGUAAAUGGCUAUGCGUUUAUAGUAACCAAUAAUGGUUAUGUACUAUUCCAUCCAGAUUUUCGUCCAAUUUUUCAAGGUUAUAUACUAAAACCAGCUUACAAUAGCGUUGAUAUGAUUGAAGUCGAGCUAUUGGAUGAUGAUCGACCCCCUAGAGAUUUUAAUCCAGUGCUAAUGACGAUACGAGAUUCCAUAAUAAAUCAAUCGACUGGCAGCAAAUGGAUGUUGGUGAAAAAUCAUUUCGAUGAAAUGAAACGUGUGGCUCGCAUUAAGCGUCAAUAUUAUUGGACAGCCAUAAAGAACACUCCAUUCACUUUGGUCAUUUCAUAUCCAGAGCAAUAUGGUGUUAGUCGCAUGGAUAUACGAGCCGAACAGGAAAUUCAUCGUAUUAAUAUCAAGGGCACAAAUAUACGCAGCUUCUUCGAUGGCAAACGUUGGAAAAUCCAUCCCGAUUGGCUAUUUUGCAAGCACAGCAACAGGACAUUCAGAACGCCCGAAACAGAAUUAAUGUUUUUUCUGGAGCGUAUGUCUGAGCCUGGCUGGCAUUGGCCAGCGAGUCGAAGCGCUAUGCCCCCAGAGCAUGCGGCGGCCAUGUUUUCUAACAACUCAUCAACUGGCCGCUAUCCAUCAAUCAAUGAUAAAGAAAGCUAUUAUUGCGAUCGCCAGUUAAUGCAAGCCUUAGUUUUCGAUGCCCGUGUCACGGAAUGGUUUUCCAAGAAUACAAGUUUCAAUUCGAAGGACGAUAAAGGCACAAGCGCAUCAAGCCCAAUAGCCGUUCUAAUGGGUUUGCUGCCAAGAAAUGAAUUCAAGCAGCGUUUCGGUGUGACUGUUGCCUUUUUGGCCACACACAGUGGACUGACCAGAUGGCAUGAGUUUCAUUCAAAUAUGCCCGAAGAACCGGGAGUUGGAGAAACAUUUAGCCAGCAUAAUAAGCGUGCCAUUGAUGAGAUAUGGUAUAAACGUGCUGUAGAUCAGCAUUUUAUAAGGGAGGAAAGUUUUGUCUACUCUGUACCCUUUGAUGCUGGCGAAAGCAACUCGGAAAUUUUAGUCACUGCCAGUCAUGCCAUAUUUCAUAACGAAGGCGGCAAAUCGGCUCCAGCCGCUGUUGUAGGCUUCCAGUUUCAGCAUUCGGCACUUUAUAAACUCUUCCAUAAUAUCACAGGAAAUGCCUGUGCUGUGGAUGACAAAGACUGCUAUAUACUGGACAAUAAUGGCUAUGUGAUCAUCUCAUCGCGACAACAUGAAACUGGUCGCUUCUUUGGUGAAGUGAAUGGAGCCAUCAUGAAGCGUCUGGUGGAGGAGAAGGUCUAUAAGCGAGUGAUUGUCUAUGACUAUCAGGCAGUGUGUUUUGACUCCAAGAACGAUAACAAUGCAUCCAAUACACUGCUCUCUCCUCUUUACCAUGUGAUGCGUUUGGGCAAAUGGCUGCUGCAUACAGCGCUGUGGUAUAUUGUGCAACUAGUGCAUUGGACACCCGGAGUGUCGGCCUAUAGUGAAAUGUAUCUUGAUAUGAAUGGCACCGAACCGGAGCCAGAGCAUGAUGAUAAUAGCCAAGUGAAGAAUACAGCUUGGUUGCGUUACUUAACACUGCAUCGGACGCGUCUCAAGUCGUGCGAUAUGCAGAGGGAGUUGUACACAUUGUACAAUGAGAAGGAUAAUGUUGUCUACAAUAUGACAGCGCAUGCAUGUGAGCGGCCAUUUGUGGUCCUGCCGAUACCAUUUAGUAAUCUCAUACUGCUGGUCAUCGAUCAGCUAUGCCCCAGGGAUCCCAACCUGGUGCUAACAGUUAAUCCCCAAAAGAUUAACUAUCAUUUUGCGGUAAAUGAAUCGCUGGCAUGCUAUAAGCAUGCCCGAGAAUUUAAUCGAGUACGUCCACAGAGCUGCAUCAGUCGGCAUGCGAAUGAAAGCGGCAUUAAACUGUGUGGCAGAUCUUGCUCGAUCUAUGCGAAUCUCACUUUGAUAUUACUUUGUCAUAUAUUAAGUCGCUGGCUCUAACGUUUAGCUUAAUUUAACAAACAAAACAAAAAAAGAAUAACUAGGCUAUAUGUUAUUUUUUUUAUUUAUGUAUUAUAUUAUACUAUAUUUAGUAGAAAAGGGAAAGUAAAGAGUUAAAAAAGAAAAAGCAAACCUCAAAGUAAAACAUGAAUACAGUUUUUUACAUCUCAAUAAUGCUUGAGCGCAGUUUAAUAUUUUCCACAAAACAAAUAUAAAACCAAAUACCCAAAAUGAGAAUCUUUUCCAAAUUAGUUUCUAAGUAGCUAAAAAAAACGAGGACAAUGUUUCGAGUGUUGAAUGAUUAAAUAAUAUAUAAUUAUAUAGUAUAUUAUAUAUGUAUACAAACAGUGUGUGCUCUUACUAUUAAUGACGAAAAAAAAAGUAGACCUUCCAAGCAACCAUAUACAUAAAUAUAUAUAUAAAUUAUUAUAACGUAUAUAACAUCUGUUUAUUAACUACUAAAUUCAAAUCAGGGCCUUAAAAUAUAUUUUAGGCUACUAGCAAAUUUUUUAAAAGCACACACUGUUUAAAAUAUAUAAGUAAAUUAAAAAAUAAAAUGCCGACUACUGCCCAAGUGUGUAUGAUUUGAUUGUGUGUGUGAUGAGUGUGUGUGAGUGCAUGUGUAUAAAAUCUUAAUUUAAGUAUGGCCACAUUUGUAAAAAUUAUUAAGUUUAUGUUUAAUAAGAUAAAAACAAAUACGG